AUGGGAAUCAAAGGGCACGAUAGUAGCUUUGCUCAAUUACAACGCGUGGCGGGGCUACUACUUGUGGUGGCCGUAUGGGUGGUCUACUUCGUGUGGUGGACGCCGAGGCGAUUGGAGCGCGCGCUCCGGUCGCAGGGCCUCGAUGGCACCCCCUACCGCUUCCCCCACGGCGACCGGGAGCAGAGCGCCCGGCUCGACAGGGAAGUGAACGCCAAGCCCAUGCCCUUCUCUCACAGCAUCAUCCCUCGCGUUGCUCCUUGCACCCACCGUACCGUGAGCCAAUAUGGUAAAAUAUCUUUCACUUGGGCAGGCUCUGUACCCGAAGUGACCAUCACGGAUGUGGGAUUGGUGAGGCAGCUUCCACUCAACAUGUCCCAUGACUCCGAAAAGCCCAAAUUGAACCCUCUCGCGAAGUUCUUCUUCAAAGGAGAUUUCACUUACGAGAGUGAAAAGUGGGUGAAGCAUCGGAGGAUUCUGAACCCUGCUUUCCAUAUGGAGAAGUUGAAGCAAAUGUUGCCGGCGUUCCGUACUUACUGCAAUGAUCUGAUGGGCAGAUGGGAGAAUACGGUGGGUUCGGAGACACGUUAUGAGUUAGAUGUUUGGCUGGAGAUGUCAUCGCAAGAGCAGCUUUCGGAACAAGCUAUGAAGAAGGAAGACGGAUCUACCAGCUUCAAGCUCAGCAGGCUGUUCUCUUCGUUCAGCCCGCCCGAUAUCUACGUAUCCCCGGUGACAAGUUUCUUCCCGCCACAAGGAACAAGAGAACAAAAGCACUGGAAACGGAGAUCUGGGAAAUGUUAG